GUGAGUGCGGGCAACUUUUAUUUCGAACACACACAACUACAUCACAUUUCGAACAACAACGCCAAAGGAAUACUAUAGGAUUAUUCCCAUCAGAAGAUAAUCAUCGAAACAAUCACUAGCGCAAUCAUGGCCGACACAGAAGUUGACGCCAAACCACGCAAAUCCGUAGCCUUCAGCGACGGAACUACGAUUGUAGACGAGAACGGGGAAGUCACAAUGAAGGAAGACGGACACGACGAUACUAAAGAAACGGCGCAGUCACAUUCACCUAGUACGCCGCCACUUUCUCAAGCUUUGGGCGCAUUUACUGAUCCUUUCCAAGGCAAUGGCGAUGAUGCGACCGCAACCAAGGAAGAUGAUGGAUUGGGCGAUUUGUCGUUGAUGAAGAAAAAGAAGAAGAAGAGCAAGAAGGUUGAGGAAGGCGAGGAGGGAGGUGAUGAAGCUGCUGCAGAUGGUGGUCUCGAUCUCUCGACAAUGAAGAAGAAGAAGAGAAGCAAGAAGCCCAAGGAUACCGAAGAUGAUUUCACAGCCAGACUUGCAGCUGCAAAUCUCAACGACGAAGGCGAGGGUGAAAAGGCGGCAGAGGAAACCCCGGUCGAUGAUGGUGAUAUGAUUAAGGGAACAGGUAUCUGGGCGCAUGACGAGACCAAAGUAAUUUCAUACGAACAACUCCUCUCCAGAUUCUUCACCUUGCUCGCAGCCAAGAACCCAGACCACGCAUCUUCCGGUUCCAAGAGUUAUAAGAUUCCUCCUCCACAAUGUCUGCGUGAAGGAAACAAGAAGACCAUCUUUGCCAAUAUCGCCGAGAUUUGCAAACGUAUGAAGAGAACUGAUGAGCACGUUACUCAAUAUCUGUUUGCUGAAUUGGGUACCAAUGGUUCCGUUGAUGGUAGCAGACGUUUGGUUAUCAAGGGUCGUUUCCAACAGAAGCAAAUUGAAAACGUUUUGAGGAAAUAUAUCAUGGAAUACGUCACCUGCAAAACCUGCCGAUCCCCAGAUACCGAACUCAACAAAGGAGAGAACAGAUUGUUUUUCAUCACCUGCAAUUCUUGCGGAUCUAGACGUUCCGUCACUGCCAUCAAGACCGGUUUCUCUGCACAAGUCGGAAAGAGAAGAAGACAACAAGGUUAGAGUGUUGAGGCAAAGACUCGGGGGCGUACACCAAUUCUUAGUUAGCCAUUUGCUUCUCUGCGCAGGUUGGGAGGAGAAAAAAAUAACAGAUAUAGAGUACUUAGGUCGAAAUUUGGGAUUUUACAUUAUGAGCUUUCCUUUGGUGUUUUCAAACAAGAUUUGAUAGUGACAUGAUCAUUUCGGGUUCAAAAUUUCACAUCAGAUAUCCUGAACAAAUGGUUCUUCCAAUUUAACUACUUUUCAAUGCUUGAACUCGGAUCUGAAGAUUUUAUAACUGAUGUCUGUAUCCCGUAAGACGGGGAAGUGUAGGUAGGUAAUAAUGACUGAUAAACAACUUG